UCUCUCCAGCUGGCUGCUCCGCCAGUGAAAUACAAAAGGUAAACAAAUCCGAAAGCGAGCGCAUUUGCUGAAUGGAAUAUUAACAUAAAAACAAUAGGCCUGGAGCACCGAAGUCCAGACGUUGGCCAGGUCAAGUGCUAUAUCCGAUAUCUGAUGAGCUCUACGAGGAAUUCGGAAUAUCGAGGCCAGAAGCAGAAGCAGAAGGCAGCGGCAUUGGAAGUAACACGCGACCAAAAGUGAAAGUUGGCCAGCAGAAAAAAUGCUGAAAAUCGUGCUGAUCAGUGGCAAGCGAAAGUGCGGCAAGGAUUACAUAUCCGAGAGAUUGCAGCAGAGAUUAGGCUCUCGAUCGCGGAUCGUUCGAAUCUCGGAGCCCAUCAAGUCGGAGUGGGCACGAAAGCUGCAACUGGACCUCAGCGCCCUGCUCAGCGAUGGACCCUACAAGGAGAAGUACCGGCGCGACAUGAUCGUUUGGAGCGACGAGGUGCGUUCCCGGGACUACGGCUACUUCUGCCGCGUGGCCAUGGAGGAGGCACUGGGCCGCCAGCAGACGCCCUACAUCCUGGUCAGCGAUGUCCGGCGCAAGAACGACAUCAAGUGGUUCCGGGAAACGUACGGUGCGGAAAGGGUCAUCACCCUACGACUCACAUCCCGGCCAGAAACAAGAUCCGCACGCGGUUGGACCUUCACCACGGGCAUCGAUGACGUGCCAUCCGAAUGCGAUCUCGAUGAUCUGGCCGAUGGCUUUGACUUUGUGCUAGCAAACGAUGCGUCGCUGGACCAAAAUGACAUUGACCAACUGCUGGACAAGCUGCAGCUACAGUAUCAGUGAAGCUUUAACCUAUUUACUCGAAUCAAGGCUUUUGAACAAAUGUAUUUUUGAUAUUCCAUGUAUUCCGGG